AUGGAAACGGAGGAAGAGACGCAGCGCCCGCGGCAGGAGCUGGAGCGGGACGAAACUUUUCUCGGCUUCGUUUUGUUCCGCAACGAGCUGAAGAUCGACAGCAUCGGCGCCAUCCGGGAGAUGAAGCGGGGCAGUAUCGAACCGGUGAUGGUCACCGGGGAUAACAUCUGGACGGGGCUGCACGUGGCGGAACAGGUGGGACUGAUUCCGAAGAGCUCUUCUUUGAACGG